UCAUCAUGGAAAAUAUUUGAACACGUGUCUCUUUCAUUCAUUAAUGCAUAUCUUUUUGGUAAGCUGAUGUUUCUCUUUGAUGCGUAAUGCAUCAAUCUAACAAAUAGGGCUCCCCUUACGAAAUAACUGUUUAGGGUUACUGCUAAUAUGUUAUUUUUCUUUUUUUAAUAUUCGAUAGUUCAUUGUGGAGUACCUAGACUUCUUAAGCAUUAGUGUGGUAGAGAUUUUAUGUAAUAUGUCUUAAAAUCGAUUUUUCUAGCAGGUGAAUAUCGUAUUUGGCUCUAUGCCAAAUAUUACAAGAUUUGUCAGUUCAUAUUUAUUUAUUUUUAUUGAUAACUUAGUGGUUAAGUCUUCUUCAGCUGUGAUUAACAACGCUUUGGCUCGUGAACGCAUACCAGUUUCUUCAGGAUAACUGAUGUGCUUCGCUGAUGAGUUCCGACAAGCAUGGAACGUAAAUGAAGUAGCACUUCUUGCCGAUUCACUCCCAAUGUUUAACACCAAAAUAUUUCCGUUUCUGUCAGGCUCUCAGUCUGGUUUGAUUUUAUUGCUUGUUUGCCAAGUUAAUUUUCAUUUGGUUUUGUAAUAGGACUUGUUAAAAACGCAACCACCAUCGGUCUUUAUGUUCCGUUAUAUGUUAAUCAUCGAUCAGUUUUAAAAUCUUUAGUGUUCAUUUUUUGGGAUGUCUGAUUUAUAUGUAAGACUACAGGCUGUUUAAUGUGCUGAAUGGACUUAAUAAUUCGCAUUUAUACUCUAGUUAUACAAUGUUUACAAGUUAACUUCAUCGGAAGUGCCAUUUAACAAAAGAAGCACUCUUGAAUGGAUUUACACCUAACUGAGUUUAAGGAUGACGAAUGAAGUUAACGAAGUAUUAGGAUUACAGCUGAAUUCUAAUCAGCUGCCUCAAGAUAGCACCUCAAUAUUAAACCGCCUAAGCAACAAGAAUGAACCACUGACCAGGUUUAAUUUUCCCAUUGACCACCAAGUGUUUUGUGCUAACAUCUGGUUUAAAAUCAGCUGUCGUUAGCUCUACCCAUCUUUACAUAUUUCGUAAGUAGUAGUCAUCAAAUGCAGAAAUUAGGAUUGAGUCUCAAGCACACUCAAAUAUUUAAGCAAUGAAUUACUAAUCAAAUGUUUCCAGUCGGUUUCAGUACUCUUCCACUUUUCAUGUUUUACUAUUUUAGGUUGAGAAAGUACUGCAACGAGGUGAUGUAAAUGAUAUCCUUGAGGGAUAUAACAAGGAUGAGAAAGGUAAAGAUAAACUUAAAAGUACAAUAAAUUGGUGUUGCCAACGUUUAGGACGUUAUCGUAUGCCUCUAGUAUGGACUGCUGUUGACUUAACCCCGUCUAUGAUUGAAGCUCAUAACAGAUUUGACAAACUAAAAAAUGAUGUUAUCACGCACGUGAUACCAAAAGAAUCCACAAAUCCCAGUAAAUCACACACUGGUCGUAACAAACGAAAUCCUGGUGGCAGUACACGUAGUCGGUCAGUAGAACCUGGUUUACGCAUUGCCACAGAGAAUAAUGAAGCUAAUCUCUGUGAUUCAUCCAUAUCGUCAUCAUCAAUAGCAGCUGGUGUAUCACAUAGUCCAGAGAGUUAUAGAACUAAAUUAAAAUACGAUUUAAUUAAAGGAAAGGCGACAAAUCAUCGUGAAAAACACCUGCAUCAAAAUUCUUCAAAGUGUUCAACAGCCAGUCAACAGCUGAAUUCUGCAUACUUUCCACCUACAGAAUUAAAAAUUAAUACUUUUUUCAAGCAGGAACCUGAUCGAAUCAAUGAUGAUGAGUUAUUUCGUUAUGUCAACGAAAUUCACCGCCAAACACUUUCAAUUAACAGUCGACCUUCAUGCACAUCUAACUCUGGAUUAAACGCUUCCUCGUCAGCGCCAAACAAUAGUGUUUCAGGGAAUCCAGAUACUUGUAGUUCAAGCUUUUCAAACUUUUCAUCAAGUCUUUCAUCUGCAUUUAUUCCUACUGGUGGUUCGGUAAGACGUUUCAAAACAUUCUCUAAUAUAUCAUUGCACUUGCGCUUACGUUGGGCAACUCCACAAAAUCUUGUCACAUUGCUGAAGUCCGUGGAUGCGAAGACUGGAACAUGUUUGUCAUCAGAUGAAGUGAAUGAUUCAGUUAGUUCAUCUGUGAUUUUACUCAAUCCAGAGUGCCUUUUAUAUACCGGUUCAAUUUUUCGUUCUGACGACGAACUCUCUUUGAGCAAAACGAAUAUCAACUGUGAUGUUUCUUCACGUAUUCCGAAUUUGAUUCGUGAAGUCCUCGAACUGCCUUCAGUAGAUCGCAUGGUUCCAUUCACAUCUUAUAGAAAUCUUUUAUAUGUUUAUCCAAGAAGUGUUAGUCUUCCAUCUUUAAAGAAAGCUCCUUCCAGAAAUCUUACUGUUCGUGUGCAGUUAAUGUAUAGUGACUCUACCGUAACUAAAGUGCUUCCAGCUAUAUAUGGCAAAAGUAAUUCUCCAAGAUUUAUAAGUGAUGCGUUCACUACGGUGUUUUAUCAUAACAAAACUCCAGAGUUCUACGAUGAAAUCAAAAUCCAGCUGCCUGCAAACUUGGAAGAAAAACACUACUUAUUAUUUACAUUCUAUCACAUAGUUUGUCAGUCGAAAAAAGUUGAAUCAACUGCAUCUUUAGAAACUGUAGUUGGAUAUUCUUGGCUGCCACUCUUAGAACAAGGAUGGCUGAAGGACAACGAUGCUAGCUUAUUGGUCAGUGUGGAGAAACCAUCUCCCGCCUUGGCUAUGCUGAAGCCGGAUAUUAAGUCAAUUAAUGAAAAGUUUUGUAUGGAUGCUUGUAAAUGGGUUGACGCACACCGUGAACUGUUUACUGUCUCUACGACAGUUGUAUCUAGUGUUUAUAUGCAAAAUGCUUCUUUAGAAUGUCUCCUGUCAGCUUGUCAUUUGAAUCGAAUCAAUCAAACAAUGCAAAGUUUCUCAAACAAGGCUUUUGUUCGACAACUCUUCUCGUAUAUCAAUGAAGCAAAUCUUCAUCAACUGGUUUCAUUUUUUGCCCCUCUUCUUGACGGUUUUCUUCGUCUGCUUUUCAGUUGUAUAAAAAAUACUAUUUCCAUUAAAAUGAAGGGCUCUAAUUUAACUGAAAAUAUGGAGCCUAAUCAACCGGCUUUAAUCGCUUUAGAACUUUUAAUUGCAUUUUUAAAUCGUAUUACACGUAAUUUUCCUCACUUGAAUGACAAACAUGGACGAAAUCAACUCUUAGUUUCAUAUCUUACUGGAUCGCACUUUUUGACAACUGAAACUGCCUUGAAACAUUAUUUUUCCGGACAACCAUUAUUUGGACUGCCAUUGGUUGCAGACCUGAUAAAAGCUGAGGAAAUAGACAAAAGUCUUUUAGUAAAUAUAAUUUUAACGGAACUGGUUAGAAUCUAUCUAUUCAGAACAAAACUUAUUGAUUCCAAAAGCAGUCAUACCUUUUUUCCUUCAUUAUGGUUUCUUUUGGAGUUAUUCAUUCACUUAUUAGCACAGGAUUGGUACUUGACAAGGAAAACAAAUGAAACUAAAAUCAUUUUAACGCUUCGUGAAAAUCCGUGUUUCUUAGAAGAUUUAACUGCAUUCAAUACAUGUUUGAUAGAAUACAUGGUUCGUUAUGUAUGUAGUCAGCAUACUGAAAAAUCAGAAGAUCCAAAUCAAUGGGAGCCUUACCGGCUAGUCAAUCGAAUAUUUUCAUUUUUCUUGUAUGACCUUUUCUCUUUCCUGCCUACGGAGUUUAUCCUUUCUGAAAUAGCAAACUAUUGGAACAAUAUGGAUCAACUUCUGUCGGAUAAGGUACUGAACCAAACACUAGGUGAUAAAUUACUGAAGUAUUUCAAAUUAGAUUUGCUACAAAUAGUAUGUUCGCAUAAAUCCUUCUAUCAGUUGAAUGUUGAUUCAUUACCAGUAAAGUGUGAACAACUGCUUCAACGACAUCAACACUUACCUACUCCCAACGGCAGUCAUCCAACAAGACAUGAAGUAAAAAUGAGGUAUAUCCCACUGGCGACGAUUGAACCAGAUUUCUAUGGAACUGAUGAUAGCUAUCAUCACCCUAAUAACAAUAGUUCUAUACAGUUAUUCACAAAUGAAACUGAUGGAAAAAGCAAUAAUGGAAAUAAACAUUUUCUGAUUUCACUAGUCAUAUAUGAACUGAUGACUGCGUUAAAAUCUGAUAUUUCUGAAUUACAAAAUCGUGCAGUUCACCUACUUUGGAGUAUAUUAUUAAAUAACGAAUUGGAUUUAUCAGAAAAAUUGUCAGAAGACCAUUCCUCAUUUCAGUCAAUUUCUGAUAUUUCUCAGUUAGCUUAUUUCUAUGUACCAAUACUCAAUAUUGCAUGUGAUAUUUUACCAAAUUUCAUCAAAACCUGGCAACUGAAUCGACCUCAGUGUAACGAUACAAGCCUUUUUAAGCAAAGACAAGAAUGCGCUAAUGAUACAACAUCUGAGAAAUUAACUACCACUUCACCGAAUGAUCUCGGAAGUAUCACUCGAUCUUCUGGACGAAUGAGACGUAUGAGGCGAAGCACAAAGGCUUCUAAAUUUUCAGAAACUGGUUCAGAUAUAAAUUCAACCAUAAAAGAUUCACCAAGUUGCCGUUUACCGCAGUCGUCUGAUGGUUUAGAUGAUAGUUCCAUAUUGCACAGUCAGCUGGAUUAUGUCAAGGCUAUGAAGUAUUGCACAAUGAAGCGGUUACUUAUCAGUAUCGUUUGGAUUCUUAAAUAUUUGCCUGACCAACUAUAUCAUGAAUGGCUGCGUCAAGCUAGCAUUAAGGAGCGAAAUCAAUUAUUCUUAUUGAUUUAUCUUAUUCUGGAUACGUUUCAGACAAAGCCUGGUGAGGAAAAGGAUUCAGCUUUACAAAGAGACUUUUUGUUUCCGGAUCACGAUAAUCAUUUAGGAUGCGAGACUGCUGUGAAUGGGUAUGAAAAUGGCUCAAACCCAUAUCUUUCACCAGUGAAACUGUCAAAUGAUCGAAAUUCGCCUAAUAAUCAUGCUAACAAACGCUUCCCACGGGAUCCAAUUAUCAACACAAAGUUCUUUGAAGUUGAUGAUUCCAUGUCUAAUCACAAUCUGAAUCCUAAUAAUAGUAAUAAACAUCCAAACCAGCAUUGUUAUUCUCGACCAAAUAUAUUAGAACUUGAGAGUUACUUCACAAAGUCCAAUAGUUUUCCUCUGGAGUCAUAUACAAAUGGAACGAAAAGUCCUAGUUUACGUCAAGAUAUUCCUUUUCUACGGAGAUUUGACAUCCUUAAUGAUAUCAUCCUGGUCAUUUAUAAUUCGUUAGAUUCUUCUAUUGAGGGGUUAUGGCAGUCGGAUACAGCACACGGUCAACCUGGACUAACUUUGUUCACAUUUUAUAAUUAUCCAUUUAAUUUUAUUCUGCCUUACAAGAAAUCAAAUAAUAAUGAUACCAAUAGUAACAAUAGUGCUUUCUCAAAUCAGUGCCUUAUCAGUUGCAUUAUUCGUGUUAUGUUAUACGCUUUAAGCCUUCAUCAAAGUGUAACGGGCUAUCGACGUAUUCUACUUUGCUUAAAACGUGUCAUAUCUCGAUUCCCCAGCUUUUUGUUUGAAGACAACCCGGAAUUUUGUGCAGUUUCCUGUCAUCAUUUAUUACAGUUAUGCACCAUGAAAGACCCAACUGUUCGUGAUGAUGCGAUUGCUACACUUUACUUCCUGAUAAAGAAUUAUUAUACACUGACGAAAGGUUUGUCAUUUGUCAAAGUACAUUUGUACUUUACAUUCAGUUCAUUCUUUGCAAAAUUGUUCGACGGAGUGAUAAAAUCAAACAAUUUAUUAACGAAACGUUUAAAUAAAACAUACCAAAGGAAUAAUACUUCUAGUUUAUCUAUCUCAGAAUUUAAAACAUCUUUAAAUGACUCAUUGUAUCAGUUAAGGCAUUUAACCUCAUUGGAUGAUGAUUCAAACGCAUCUACUACAUUAUUAAACAAUAAUAAUAGAGGAACUUUAUUUAACUCAGAAAAGUAUGUGGAAACAUUGAGUUUAACAUCUCCUUCAUCAUUGAAUAAUUAUGAUGAUGAUUACAAUACCACUUGUAUGACAACAACAGCAAAUAUGGUUCCAGCAAUCCCGCCUAUAUCAAACAAUCCCAAUACAAGUUUCAGUUCUCAAGUUCAUCAGUUAGCGGAUAACUUGAAGCAACUGCUUAAUGAUGCAUUAAAAUUACAGGAUACAAUCAAUGCUAUACAUCGACAAAAAAAGUUGAAUGACUAUCAGAAACAAAUAUCAAAUGAGGAUACACUUACAGUUAUUGAUCUGUUGCAUUCUAUAUCACAUCGAAGUCGUUCGUCACCAGAACUACGGUUAUACUGGCUUUUACAGAUUGCUGAGAAGCAUUAUGAACUUUCUCAAUUCUCCGAAGCUUCUCAGUGUUUGGCACACUGUACAGCUAUAGUAGCUGAACACUUAAUCAAUCGGAAUUGUAGCCCACCUGGACUUUCCACUGCUGGGUGUGCAGAUAUUGCUGAUGCUGUGAAAAAUUUAAAUAUACUUGAAGAAAGCUGUGCAUGUGGUUUCCCUAAAACGAGUGUAUUCGAUAAUUUUAGUUGUUCUACACCUGUCAUAAUUCACGAUCUAGCUGCAUCUUUCAGACCCUUAGAUGUUUCAUGGCACUUUACAACACCUGGUUUUAUGGCACUCAUCUCCUGGACAGCAGAAUCAUUUUCGAAAGCUGGCUUCUAUGAAAUUGUGCCGUCUUUAUAUUCUCGACUUGUUUCACUGUUGCAGUCGAGUAAUGAUUAUGGACGUCUAGCUGAAAUCCAUGGGCGAAUAAGAGAUGCAUAUGCUGUAUUAAAUAAAACUCAGAACCAUAAAAAAAUGUUCAAUAGUUAUUUCCGUGUUGGUUUCCAUGGUAGUUUAUUUGGUGAAUUAAAUGGUAAUGAUUUCAUAUAUAGAGAAGCUCCAUAUACAAAAUUGGCUGAAAUCACUCAUCGACUUCAAACGUUUUAUGAAGCUAAAUUUGGUCAAGAUAAAGUAGUUAUUAUAAAAGAUUCUAAUGUUGUUGAUCAGAAACAACUGGAUUGUGAUAAGGCUUACCUACAAAUCACUUUUGUGGAACCUUAUUUAGAAGACUUUGAGCUCCGAAGACGAACAACUGAAUUUGAUUGCAACUAUGCAUUAAAGCGAUUUGUUCAUUCCAUACCUUUCACAAUAGAUGGACAAAGUCAUGGUAGUUUGAGUACACAAUACAAGCGCAAGUACAUUCUGACAACAGCUCGUUGUUUUCCUUACAUGAAAACACGUUUAUUAGUUGUAUCAAGCGAAUCACAUACUCUGACUCCAAUUGAAGUAGCCUUAGAGGAUGUAACACGUCGUGUUGAACAGUUAGACCGGGUACUGGCAACAGAUCCACCUGAUGUUAAAUAUUUACAAAUGAUAUUGCAAGGAUGUAUCGGAGCUGUGGUUAAUCAAGGACCAAUUGAAAUGGCAACAACAUUUCUUGGACCUAAUGAAAACAAGCCACUAAAAUCUUUACUACCAGAUUACAAUUCUGGGUUUACAACUCUAGAUCCGAAUACGCAUGAAAAUGUACAAAAUCGUCUUCGAAUAACUUUUCAGCAAUUUCUUAUAAAAUCUUAUGAAGCUCUUUGUUUAAACGAAUCAUUAAUUGGUCCUGAUCAGGCAGAAUAUCACAAGGAACUGGAAAAGAAUUUUACCAAUGUUAAACGUCUACUUGACCCCUUAAUUAUCAUACCGAGACCUUCAAUAACCAACGGUGAUUUGGUGUUGAGACAAAAUGGGGGAUCAAAAUUAAAAACAGUAAUGUAGCAGUGAAUUACAGCUGAAUGCUUUUAUUUACUUAAGACUACUUGUUUUCAGUGACCAUCUUUGCAUUUAGUUAACUUUUGAAUACAUAUAUAUAUAUAUA